UGGGCUCCUCAGAUUUGAGAAAGUUCUGCCAGUGUGCUUGUUGGCACGAUGGCCUCCUACACGGCUUACAGCGGCUACACCAAGCCACCGCCGCUCUCCUACACGGGCUCCUACUACAACUAUGAGCAGAAGCGGCCCCAGACGGCGUACACAGACUACCAGGACUACCAGGACUCGCUGUACGAGGAGAAGAAGAUCAUCGAGAUGCGGAAGAAGAAGUACGCCUUCUGCUGUGAGGUGGUGGCUCUGAUCAUCGGCUUCAUCGGACUGAUCGGCGUGGCGGCCGUGACGGGUCUUCCCAUGUGGCGGGUGACGGCUUUCAUUGAGGAGAACAUCAUCGUCAUGGAGACCCGCUGGGAAGGACUGUGGAUGAACUGCUUCCGACAGGCCAACAUCCGGAUGCAGUGUAAGGUCUACGACUCGCUGCUUUUCCUGCCGCCCGACCUGCAGGCGGCCCGCGGACUCAUGUGCGCGGCGGUGGCUCUGACCGUCUUCGCCCUGGUUACCUCGGCGGUGGGGAUGAAGUGCACCAAGGUGGUGGACCACCGCGCCCGCACCAAGCACAUUGUUUUGGUGGCCGGGGGGUCCCUCUUCCUGCUGGCCUGCAUCACCACGCUGAUCCCCGUGUCCUGGACGGGCCACCGCAUCAUCCAGGAGUUCUACGACCCCCUGCUCAUCGACGCCCAGCGGCGGGAGCUCGGCGAGGCUCUCUACAUCGGCUGGGUGACCUCGGCCUUGCUUUUCGCCGCCGGAGUGAUCCUGCUGUGCCGCCACGCCCCACGCACCCAGGAGCCCGACCAGAGGGUGAUAUACAACCCCAGCUCGUACCCCUACCAGCCCGGUUCCACCUACCAGCCGUACACCUACCAGCCACCUUACACCUACCAGCCGUCCUACACCUACCAGCCCGCCUACUCUGCACCCCCGCCAGGGUCUGUGGCCUACACACCCGUCCAGUACUAGUGAAGGAUGGUUCUUUGGUCUAUGCUUGCCAAAAUAGCUGGCACAACGGUUUCAAUUGAAAAGGCUGAGUCUUGCAUGACUUCCUCAGAGAAGAUGUCGAGUAUUGUCGCACCUGGGAUUUAUGGAACUGUUGAGUUUCUCAGGAAAGUUUUUACGCCGCCAUGACAGAACUUUGACUCGACUAUCGCGGACACAGGCUCUGUUGUGGUUUUCAGAGAACUCCAGAUGAUUUCUGACUUGUAAAUACUUGAUUUCAAAAACCACCACAAGGGUCAAUAAAUGGUACAGUUGA